GUCAAAUUGUUUCAUGACUAAUCCACCAUGAUCCUGUCCUGAGACGAAGCUUCAACCACCGUGUUUCAGCCGAUUGACCAGGCUAGCAGGCGUCUCAGCUCUGAACCUCUAGUGUAACAAGCUAUCACCGGAACACUACUUGUUUCCCAAGCCCAGCCGUCAUGUUCCCUGCAACAACGUUCUCGAUCUCGCUCCACGUAGCAUCGUGCCCUGCACUUGAUACAGACUACUACUCUCCUUUAGGUACGCGUUUCACCAUGCACCGAGGAGUACCGUCGCCUUGGUUCGCCUCCUCGUGCGUGCUUCUCGUCUCGAGACAUUUGUCGUCUUUGUCUUCCUGUUGAACGGGUGACAUCUUGGUCUCGCUACCAUACGCUCUUUAACCAUAUUGGUAUCACUUUUGUGUUAUCCCGGGGCUGUGCCUCUAUAUUCUUUCGCUUAUUAUUCAAUUGCUAGCUGCAGGCGGCUCAUCCUGUCUUGUCUUAUCUUGUCUUUGAGGCCUAAACGUACGGGCCACCAUCGUCGACUUGGGAUCCAAUACAAUCGAGGUAGCUAUUCGUCGAGAUGAGAUUGUCAUGGGCCAGACAGGCCGCAAUUACAGGCCUCGUCGCUGUCGCCAUGGCAGACGUCUUGCCGCCGGACGACAUUCCACUCAUGUGCGUGACGAUCUGUGGUCCAAUCGUCGAGUUGACAGCAAAAUGUGAUGUUCACAACCAUCGCCUCGCGAAGCGACAGCCAAACCCCGAGUGGGUUCCAAAGUUGGCCGUGGAACCGGUCGAGGACGAUAGACUGCACAAGAGAAGCUUCUCUAUCAUCAGGGCUGCGCCGACGUCAUUUCCUCCACAGUUCGAGCCUCAAGAGAGCACGACAUCGUCAGCUUCAACUUCAACGUCAACGCCAACGUCGACUGCCAAGUCUACGCCGGCGUCAAUGAAAUGGGCAGCGGACGACACUAGUGCGGAGGAGCAGACAAUGACAAUGAGGCGUUCCAUGAUAAGUUCAUCGUUUGUCAGCUCCGAAGUGACUCAACCUACCAAGACUCUCCAGGGUGAUUCUGGUACAGCGAGCAUGACGAGUUGGGGAGCUAGUUUGCAGACCCAAUCAGUAGUUCCAGAGGAUGAUCCGGAGAGGGAAUGUGUAUGCAACAAUACGAGCUUUGAUGUGGCCAAGAUCGCAGCGCUAUGUCAAGACUGCAUCGUUGUUGAUGGACACAAGCAAAAUAACCUGGAUAUUAUCAUGCGGUCAUGCGGGUUCAAGCCACUUACUUACACUCCUGACCAGGACAAGGCGGCGGAUAACGUCCGGGUCGAGGCGACGCGGCCGACUGCCAUGGGUGCGAAGCAAGACUCGACGAAUGCAGGUGCUGGUUUAGAGUCUGGUGGUAAUUGGGUUAUUAUUUUCACUUCGUUGUUAGGAAUCGCCUUGGCGGUAUGAGUUGCGUUCGAUUUCAACACUUUAGAUAUGUAGAUAGCGCUUGCGACAAGCUUUCCUUUCUCACUUAUUAUAUCCAAUUUUAGAUAAAACACUCGUUGAACGAAGAUAUCCUUGUC